UCAAAAUUAGUCAAUCGGUGUCCAAUCUACGAAUAACUGCACUACAUAAUACUUUGCAACGAAAAUUAAACGAAACAAAAAUUAUUUUUUUUAGUAAUUUUGCUAAACAGUGAACAAUUGAAACAUAAUUUCAUGAGAAUUAAGUAAACAUAAAAUACUGAAACGAAACGAACGACUUUAAUAUUAAAAUUUAACUUAGUGAACUUUUAAUAAAACAAACGACUGCUACUGCGUAUUUCCUGUAUUCUAGUUAAAUAAAAAACAAAUUGAACGUAUACAACCAGAGAUCGUACUUGCGAGUAAAAAUUCAGACAAUAAAGUAAUCUGAAAUCUGCAAAUUAGAUUGGACAUAAAAAAAAUUCCGGGCAGUGAAAAUCAAUUUACCACUCAACAAUCGAAUAUGGAAUCCGCAAGUCCGGUUAAAUCUACCGAAUUCGGAGAUGACAUUGAUGAUGUCAGUGAAAAUCAAACGCAAAAAAGGAAAAACGGAAUAGACAUUGAUCUUAAAUGUGCCGGUGCCACAUAUUGUUCGAAACGAUUUAAAAACAACGAAUCGUCACAAUCGGCCAGCAUUGAACACAAAAAAAUUGUAAGCAAACCUCCAUUACCGCCAAAGUGUGACAAGACCUCAACAAAGAAACGAAAGCUGGAGGAAAAUUCGUCACGAAUGCAAGUCUUAAAUGCGCAAUGUAAUCAAUUGCGAUUAGAAAUACUUGAUUUAAAAGAGAUGUUGGCAAAUGAAAAAAACGCUGUACGAGCGCUAAAGGCACAAAGUGAUGCCGAAAAUCGGAAGGCUAAAAUUUUACUGAAAAAGAAAUUCGAGGAGGAACUACAGGCUACAAAGAAAAUUUCGAUCUCAACGAAACCAAAAACACUAGACAAUGCAUCGACGUCGACACCUGACAGUCAUGGACCCGAAAUCUCCAAAUUGAAUAAAGAAAUUGCCAUGCUGCAGAAACGAAAUAAGAAUUUGGAAGAAAAGUUACAGAUUUCUUCCAAAGCUGAACGUCAAAUAUCUACCGAUUUACGUGAACUCAAGGAUUCAUAUGAAUUACGAUUGACUCAAAUAUCAAAAUCUGCCAAAACAAAAAUUCAUCGAUUGUUGGAGGAAAUUAAAGUGAAAGAUAAGCAGAACGUGCAGUCAAACAAAGCUGCAACAAAAGUCAGAGCUAUCAAGUCCAGGAAUGGAGUUGAAUCAAAUAGCAAGGAAAACGCAGACAAAAGUAGCAGUACUAACCAGAAAACGACGAUUAAAAUUACGACGUGUGGAAAUGAAUUAGCCAACAUGCCACACGAAACUGAACUUAGUUAUUAUAAAACAAACAAAGAUACAUCUGGAUCAGACAAUGAUUCAGUAUUAUCUUCAUCACCACCAUCACUAAGUCCGCAGCCGGGAACAUAUCCAAACAGUGCGGAUAUAUGGCAAAUGCGCUCAAAGGACUCCAAGUUGUUGGAUAAUCUACAGAAAGAUUACGACAAUCUGCAAGAGGAGUACAGCCUGCUGAAUGACAAAUAUUUGUCGGCAAUAAUAAAAAUCGAGCAACUUGAAAAAGAAAAUGCGGCCAAGGACGAUGAAAAUAGUAAAAUUUCUGACCUAUUGGAACGCUUAGCGUACAUGGAAUGUGAGAAAGAGAAACUAUCGAAAGAAUCACAUGAGUUAAGAGAACAAAAUGAACUGUUGGAAUUUAGAAUAAUAGAAUUGGAGGAGAGUCAUGACAAAUGGUCUUUAAGAAGUACAUUAAAUCCUGAUACAAGAGACAUGUGGACUGAUACAUAUAAGACAACAUCCGAAGAUUAUUUCAUUCCAUCAGAUCGUUCCGAUUCGGGCAUCACAUCACCAUACAAUCAACAGAAUUCCGACGACUUUUCACAUUGCGAUUUACCGAGUAUCGAACGUAUCCAGCACGAUGAUAUUCGAAAACGAAUACUUGUUAUGACGAAAAAAUCUUGCUUAGACGAUGAGGAUAAAGUGUGUCUCAUUCAGAUAUCUUCACUGUUAACCAAUCUCGAAGCAAUGUCCCAGGAGCAGAGCAUGACAACUGAGAAUAUUAGCCCCGUAUAUAAUGCAAACCGUAAAAGUCAACCGGAAAGCGUCUCCUCACUUUUGACAUCUUCGCCACCAUCCAAAUCACAGGAACGGAUUAUCGCUACCGUACAACCAUACAGUACAAAUUCGGAGAGUCCAUUCAAAAAGGCCCGCUAUCAAUCAACGUUGAGCCUUCAAGAGUCUGGCGUCUUCGACGUGGACGUACUGUCGCAAUACACUCAGACCGAUGUCGACGAUUUUCCCACCAUAUCGGAAAAGAGUGACCUGAACGUCGAAAUACAAAAAUUGAACAAAUUUCGGAAGAAAAUCGAAGAGUGCGUUACCAAGACGAACAAACCGGUGGGGAAUCUGAUCGCACCGAAAUCUUGCGAUCAACAACAUUUGCAGUUUUAUAAGGAUCGACUGGAGCAGAUGGAGAAUAAGAUUCGGAUUUACGAAUCCAGUGGCGACGUCCAAGUACUACGUUUGGCAGACCGACUGAAUCGAGAAAUUCAAUUGGAAUCAUUUGUUAAACAACUGACCCAACGUGUGGAUAAGCUGGUCGACGACAAUCUGCAAUUGGAAGAGCAACGAUGUGAAUUGGAAGAGGUUGAAAAUGAUACCAGACUUCGGUUGCAGCGACUUGAAGUUGAUUUAGAAAUUCUAACCCAAAGGAAUAUGGAGUUACAGAUGUCGCGGGAUGCGGUAAAAGCACAUGCAAAUUGUCUUCAGGACACCAUCAACAAAGCUCAAGACCGGAUCUAUUAUUUAGAGGAGCAGCGAAAUGAUCUGAAGCAGAAAAUGGAAAUGUUGUCAUUGUUUCUGCCAACAAUUCUACUGUACAACACGUACAAGGUGCAGGAAACCCAAAACACUGAUCAAAUUGAUGAGCUGCAAAUUUCUGGUCUACCCAAUGUGUGCUCUUGCAUUCAGCCUAGAAGCAUGACCGCACCGGAAAAGUAUCGACUUAAUGAGUUAUUGUCACGCGAACGCGAACUUCAACAAAAUAUCGCCGAACUGAAUCGUGCCUACAACGAGACCCUUGAGAGUGCCGACAAUCUAUGGGCGCAAAUGGAGAAAGAUUACAAGGACAGGCUAACCGAAGCGGAAAGUGAGAACGGUUUGAUCAAAGCGAAAAUCGUGCAAUUGGAAGAACGCUUAAAGGCUGACAUAAUAUCGGCACAGGAACGGAUCAAUCAAUUGGAAGAAUCGGAAUCGGAGCUGAAAGAUAAAAUGACCCGAAAGAAUCGUGAACACAAAGAGGAACUAAUUAAGUUCGAAGGCAUCGCCAACGAAUUGUAUGUGCUGAACGAAGAACAUGCGAAAUUGAAGGAUCAAUUUGAAGCGUUAACAGCCAAACAUUUCGAAAAUGAAACGAAGAAAAUUCGUUAUUUGGAGGAGGAACUGCAGGCGGUAAACCAAUUUCAACGGGACACCGAACAGCAGUACGCAAAAGAUGUGAAACAGUUGCAAGAACAAUUGGAGCGAACGGGCAAGGAGCUGAUGUACAUUGGUGUGAGCAAUGGGGAACUGAGAGAAGAGGUGAUCACGCUGGAAAGCCGUGUCAUCGAACUGGGUCAGAUCAAGCUGCAGAAUGAGGAAAGCAUAAAGAAUCUCACGGCUGAAUUGAGGAAUCGGAACGAUGAACUGCUGAAACUUACGCCAAAGGUGAAAGGCAAUCGAAACAGCCUGGCACAGGAACUAGUGCUGUGCGACACCGACGUCGGAUUUGCGGUGAAAAAGCCAAAAAUUGCAGCUAAACCGUUGAAUUUGAAAAGUGUUAAAUUGAAUGGCAACAGGGCAAAGUCUUUAACUGAUGGACUGGAAUUCAAAGCUGACAACGAUGUAUGAAGCUAUACGACAGGAGCCAGAUUAAUUCCAUAACCCGUUGAGGACUGGGCUUAAUUUCUGGAAGAUACCAACAAACAUGGCCAUUUACAGAACACACGUACAACUUACACAGUGCAUCAGACUAGUCACAGAUAAUUUUGUUUUAAAAGUUAUCGCUCAAUUAAAAAAAGUGAAAAAUUUGUGUAAUUUUCGGAAAAGAUGCGUGUCACAAUCUUGAACAAUCCUGUGCAAAAUUGAAUGGCAUCUACAAAUCGAAUUUAUUUAAAAAAAAAAUAUUUUAUUUUUUUCUCCUAAAAAUAUUCAAUUUGCCUAUUUAAUUAACAUUUUUCUUUUCUCAUUUUUUGUUAUUUGUUAUUCAUAUAAUCAUUGAAAAGUUUUCCCAACUCAAAUUUAUAUAUAUUCAUUCAAUAUUGUAAGUGCUGGUUACAAAGCAAUUUAUACCAUUCAAUGCAAACACAUUUCUCGUUUUAGAAUACAAUAAAUAUAAUUAUUGUUUACCUUGUUACAUUUUGCUAUUAAUAAAGUUAAUUCAACGAAAA